AUGGCAAGGGAAUCAAGGGCAAGCGCAGCCCCGGACGCCAAGUCUACAGAAGACCUGACGGGGUUCCUGACGGUGAAGGUGGAGAAGGAGGAAGCCUGCUUUGCAGAGGAGGCCCGUUUGCUAAGCAGCCCCAGAAUGGGCCCUGAGCGUUCCCGCCAGCGCUUCCGGGGCUUCCGCUACCCAGAGGCUGCCGGGCCGCGCGAGGCGCUGAGCCGACUCCAGGAGCUCUGCCGGCAGUGGCUGCGGCCUGAGGUGCACAGCAAGGAGCAGAUCCUAGAGCUGCUGGUGCUGGAGCAGUUCCUGACCAUCCUGCCGGGGGCGCUGCAGAGCUGGGUGCGGGAGCAGCAUCCAGAGAGCGGGGAGGAGGUGGUGGUUCUGUUGGAGUAUUUGGAGGAGCAGCUGGAUGAACCGAGGCCACAGGUCACAGCUCGAGACCCUGGGCAAGAACUGCUUUGUUCCAAGAUGGCAUUGUUGACAAGAGCCCGUGCAUCACAAAGUAGCCAAUUCCAGCCAAUGAAGACUCUGCUCAAGCAUGAAGCUCUGGGGUCCCAGCCCUUACAAAACAGAGUCCUGCAGGUUCCUGUCCUUGCCCAGGGAGGAAGCUGUAGAGAAGAUGCAGUGGUAACUGCCAGGCUCAUGCCAGCGUCCCAGGGGUUGCUGAAAGUGGAAGAUGUAGCCCUGACCCUCUCUACUGGGUGGGCACAGCUGGACUCACCUCAAGUGAACCUCUGCGGAGAUGAGAAGGAGGAGAACUGUAGCAACCUCAUUUCCUUGGGUGGUGAAAUGCAAACUAAGAUCCGGAACUUGCCUCCUGAUGAGGAACAUCUAGUACAAGAGCCUGAGGAAAUCCCAUUACAUAUGAGUGAAGACAUUGCCCAUAUUCCUCCAUUUGCAGAAGCUGUUGAACAUGAGAGCAGGUUUCACAGAAAGCAGAAAAAUACCAUAGGAAGCAGGAGGCAUUAUUGCCAUGAAUGUGGAAAAAGUUUUGCUCAGAGUUCAGGCCUGACUAAGCACAGGAGAAUCCACACUGGGGAGAAGCCCUACGAAUGUGAAGACUGUGGCAAGACCUUUAUCGGGAGCUCUGCCCUUGUCAUUCACCAGAGAGUCCACACUGGUGAGAAGCCAUAUGAGUGUGAAGAAUGUGGCAAGGUCUUCAGUCACAGUUCAAACCUUAUCAAACACCAGAGAACUCACACUGGGGAGAAACCCUAUGAGUGUGACGACUGUGGGAAAACAUUCAGCCAGAGCUGCAGCCUCCUUGAACAUCACAAAAUCCACACUGGGGAGAAGCCCUACCGGUGCAACUUGUGUGGCAAAGCCUUUAGGCGGAAUUCACAUCUCCUGAGACAUCAGAGGAUCCACGGUGGUGAUAAAAACAUUCAGAAUUCUGAACAUGGAGAGACCUGGGAGAGUCAGAGUACAAUGGAAAGCCAGUGGGCAAAUGUUGAAGCUCCCAUAUCUUAUAAAUGUAAUGAGUGUGAUAGAAGUUUCACUCGAAAUAGAAGCCUUAUGGAACAUCAAAAAAUUCACACUGGUGAGAAACCCUAUCAGUGUGAUGCAUGUGGAAAAGGCUUUACCCGAACUUCAUACCUUAUUCAACAUCAGAGAAGCCACGUUGGGAAAAGAAUUCUGUCACAGUGACCCAUG